AUGGCGUCAGCCCGGUUUGCCCAGACUGUGAGGCAGUUUAGCACUUCAUCUAUCAGAAACAAACUUGUGAAACCUCCUGUCCUGGUUUUUGGCAUUGAGGGUCGCUAUGCAACUGCCCUUUAUUCUGCAGCCUCAAAACAAAAUAAGUUGGAAGCUGUCCAGAAGGACCUUGUUGCUUUCAAGGAUUUGAUGGCAAAAGAUACAGCUCUUAAUGGAUUCAUUGAAAAUCCAUCUCUUAAACGCCAACAGAAACAAGUUGUUUUGGGUGAACUUGCAAAGAAAAUGAAUUAUUCUCCUUUGGUUGCAAACCUGUUCGGUGCACUCUCUGAGAAUGGCCGAAUCCAAAAAUUGUCAGGUGUCAUCACUGCUUUUGAGAAGAUCAUGAGUGCUCACAGAGGAGAAGUUUUCUGUACUGUUACUACAGCUAAGCCACUUGAUAAUGUUACUUUGAAAGACCUGAAAAGUACCCUGCAGUUGUUUUUGAAAAAGAAUGAAACUCUGCAAUUAGAAUUGAAGGUUGAUCCAAGUAUCAUUGGUGGUAUGCUGGUAAAUAUUGGAGACAAAUAUGUUGACAUGUCCAUGGCUUCUAAAAUCAGGACCUACACCAACAUGAUUAAGCAAUCUGUAUAA